AUUAUUAUUAAACUGUAAUAAAGUGAAAGUUUCUCGAAGAAUUUUGGAUUAGAUGUAUAUGUAAAAAUAAAGUAAAUUUUCCUGUGAAAUGCAGCCUAAUUUUGCAAGCUAACUGCAAUGGAAAAUGUAUCAAAACAUAUUUUCAAUUGAAGUGCAGACGACACGUCACUGGAACCAAAACAUACCGAGUGUCGUCAUUCCCUGUGUUUGUUGAAAUGAUGUUACCUGUUGGUACAUAAACACAUCAAAAAGAAAAUUACUGAGAAUCUUGCAAGAUGUCGGAAAAUCUGCGGAAUAACCCUUUUGCAGCCCUGUUUAGUUCUGUAAAGGAUGCUGAGCAUUUUAUGAAGACAACGCAGCCUCAUAAACCGCAGCAACAGGAACUUACAAGAGACAAUAAUGGAGCUGUAACUCUUCUUUUGGAAAAGCUGCUGCUUGUAACUACUAGACAGCUACCACACAAAUGUAGCUAUGUUCUUCUCAAUGAAGGUGGACCGCUGAAUGAAGAGACAUUCUCUUUGUUACUAUUUGAUCGGCUGUUAGUAGAAUCCCCGGAGUCAUGUUUAAUUGGCAAUGGUCAUGAAGGCACAGCAGCAGCAGAAGCUAGUAGAAGAGAAGUGAUAGUAUAUUUAAGUGAAGUCUAUGGUAGAUGCUUUGCUGAAAGAGAUAGUCCUCUGUCAGAUGUCAUAGAAAAGGUUAAACUUUCUGUUAUAGAGAACAUAACAACAGCCUUGGAGCAGCCAGAAUUAUAUGCUGGACAGGUUCCUAAUGGGCAGUUGCUAGAGAUCCUUCGUAAAGGACUUGGAAAAGUAGCUGCGGUUGAAGAUCUUGUCUGUAAACUUGUGGAUCACCUGGCUAAUCAGCUUCUUGCUCUUCCAAGUGCAUUUGUUCAGCUCAUUAGGGAUCUUACUAAGGAGAUGUCUCAAUGCUCUCUCAUGCCAUAUAAUUAUCAUGUUGUUGACGUUUUUGAUUUCUACGCUUCUGUACCAUCACUUGCCCCUCUCCUAACUAAACUUCCACAAGAAUUUUCUCAGGAUCGAACUGGGCGUGGUUAUCAUUACACACCUCUUGGAAGUCUUCUUGCUAUUUCAUGUCUCCCAAAGAACUUUGGACAAUCUAAUGAAUUUUUUGAGAAACCUUCUUCAAAGCUAAAUCAAGCCCAUAAGGAUACAGAAAACAGUAUAUGGCAGGCCCAAAGUAAAAUAAAUGGAAGAAUAUAUAAACUUUUCUAUGCACUCUUAAAGGUGUCACCAGAAUCUAAAGACAAGUUACUUACUUGGAUUGAAAAAUGUCUGGAAGACAACAGUGGUCGUGGUGGUUUGUGGCAUGUUCAAACAGGUAGAAUGCUCCAGGAUGCUUCAUUUGUUUCGGAUGGAUUUAUGGUCAACCUUGGUGCUGUAAUGUUGCAGCUUGCUCAACCUUUUACACAAGAUAUUAAAUCUGCCAAGAUUCUGAAGGUUGACCCGACAUAUUGCAUUGCACCUAGGGUGUCCAAUGAUAAUGGUGUUCCAGGAGCAUACACAGGAGAUUUAGGAAAGCAGACUACCCUUGUUCCAUCUCCUGAUGAUUCUCCUGUCUUGCACGCAAAACAGUACUCGUUUAUUAGCUCUUGCUUUUUCUUGACACAUCGAGCACUUCAUCUUGGGAUUCAGGUUGUUCAACAAAAACUAUAUAGGUUAUCUCAAGACCUAUCCCGCUUACAGCAUCAGUAUCAAGAAGUGUCUGCUCAAGGUUCUCCAGCUGCUGAGAGGAUGCACAGUCACAUGGAAACUUGGACAGCUGAACUUUUGUCUUUCAAAGCAGCAAUAUUUGAGCCAAACAUGGCAGAAGCAUUGUUACAGUUUUUGGCAGUGUCAGCAGAAUGGCUGGUUCAAAUUGCAUUAAUACCCCCUGAUCAAAAGAGCCUUCCAACAUCUUUACAGGCUGUUACAUUGCCAUUACCAGAUGAUGAUAAAGUUCAUUACUAUCUCCAAUGCAUACCAGAAUUUUUAGUAGAGACUUUAACUGAAACCAUUAGUGCUGUAAGGAGAUUUAAUACUGCUCUACUUGAUUCCAGUGGAGCCUCACAAGUUCUUCCUCAUUUCAUGUCCUUUAUAAUAGUAUUCAUGGGCUCUCCCAAUCGAAUGAACAACCCCCACUUACGGGCUCAUCUUGCAGAGUGUUUAGAGACUUUACUCCCAGAUCGUGGGAGCACUGGAGGAUUGUUUACUGGCUAUCGUGAACAGAUCUUAUUUAAUCAUCCUGCCUCAGGUCAUAUUGUUGAAGCUCUCAUUCAUGUCUUUGUCAGCAUAGAGAUGACUGGACAAAGUGUGGCCUUUGAAGAAAAAUUUAACUACCGAAGACCUAUGUACGAAGUCAUGAAAUACCUUUGGGAAUCACCUAGGCACAAGAAGAGUUUCAAACUUUUAGCUGGUCAAGCUCUAGCAAGCAUGGAAUCAGCUAAACCACCUCUUUUCCUUCGCUUCAUCAAUCUUCUUAUAAAUGAUGCUAUUUUCCUUCUGGAUGAAGGGUUGUCUUAUAUGUCACAGUUGCGAGAAAGUCAGAUUGAAAGAGAUAAUGGAACUUGGACAUCUUUGCCAGCACAGCAGCGGGCUGAGAGAGAACAGAGUUUCCAACAAACAUCUGCAUUGGCACGUUUCCACAACAUGCUUGGGUCAAGUACAAUUCAGACACUAAGUAUGCUUACAAAAGAGAUUCCUCAGUUUUUCACUCAUGGCACACUAGUGGACAGAAUUGCUGCAAUGUUGAAUUACUUUUUAUCUACAUUAGUAGGCCAUAAGCAACGCAACUUAAAGGUCCGUGACAUGGAGAAGUACGAGUUCAGACCAGCUGAAAUAGUAUCUGACAUUUGUACCAUCUAUACUCAUCUUUAUAGUGAUGAAGCAUUUUGUAGUUCUGUUUCUGCAGAUGGAAGAUCAUACACUCCACAGCUAUUCUCCCAGGCUCAUGAUGUAUUAGUACGCAUCAAACGAGGAGUUCUAGCAGAGGAAAUAGAAGCAGUUGCCUUAAAGGUUGAAGAAGCUGGGAAGGUACGUGCUGAGGAAGAUGAUUUAGCUGCCAGCGCUCCAGAUGAGUUUUUAGAUCCUAUUAUGUCUCAUCUUAUGAAUGACCCAGUCAUACUUCCAUCUUCAAAGCUUACCUGUGAUAGACAGACAAUUGCAAGACAUCUACUGUCAGAUCAGUCUGAUCCAUUUAACAGACAGCCAUUAACAAUGGAAGAAGUUAUACCCAACACAGAGCUUAAACAAAAAAUCAGUGCUUGGCUUGAGGAACAAAGAAAGAAAAGAAGAGAAGAUAUGAAGGCUUUAGAAACCUGAGUGUAAGUAGUGGUGUUUGAAAAAAUUAAACUUAGGUUGAAUAUUUAAGUAAGAAAAUAUUUAAAAUAUUGCAAAAAAACCAAAUGAAUUGACAAUGCAGUAUUGUAAACUACACUACAUCUGUCUUAAACUGAAAUGUUGUCUUCAGUAACACAUAACAGUAAUUUUUUACAUGGCAAAUAGUUUACUAUGUCAAUUUUUGGGGGAGUUUGACAGUGUAAAUAGAUAAAAUACUUGCAAAAGCAGGAAAAUUUGUUACUUUCAAUUCCUGUGGUAAUUAACAGCAAAUGGUCCUGUUAUUUCUGUGAUUCACUCUUAUACUGUUUAUGAGCAUAGUGACUAAUGAAUAGGUGAAGAAACUAAUCAUGUAAAAACAAAACUAUUCAAAACUUCCAGAUAUUUCCUUAAUUAAUUAAGGAGGGCGCAGCCCACUGUCUUUCUUCUUGAUGUAAGAUCACUUGUUGAGGGUGGGAGUAGAAUUUAUUUUAGGCAAUGUACAAGUGACAAGUUUCCAGAAAUACUACCACCACAAAAGAAAGGACAGUAGGCUAUGUAUUGAGGAUUAAAUUAAUAUGAAGAAACUACAGAAGUUAUCAUAUACUGAAAUGAAAUGUACGUGGAGUAAGAAAUUAUCAAUGUGAAAUGCAUUACAAUAGCAAAUGAAGGAUUUGAACCUUUUUGAUAGAAGGACAGGUCUUACAACAAUCAGCAUUUCUGUUACCUUGGGAUUUCUGUUACCUUGGGGACACACGUAACAGAAGAAGUUGAGAGAGCAGCAAGAGUAGCUGCAGCACAGAUGAAAUUGGAAUAGCUAGACAGCUAGUAAACAAACAUGUCCCAUUUGUAGAGAAAGCUAAGACCUGUGAUGAUUAAAUAGUCCUGUACUAUGGGCACUGGCUAGGAAAAUGUAGAUUUUGAAAAUGUUUGAUCACAGAAUAAAAGAUUUAUGGCUGGAGUGUGUUAAAAAAUCAUAUUAAAGUGGAAUUGGUGGAAAGAUGUAUCAAGAGGAUUGGGGUCAUAAUGAUCGAGAUGGUUUGGAUGUGUGAUGGGAACAGAUGAGGAAAAGUUAAUACAUCAUACUAUAUAGGAAAGCUCCUGAUGAAAGGUAUUGAUAAAGACCUAAACCUGGAGUUCAGGCUGAAAGAGCACUAGACAAGAGAAGAAUGGCAAGAUUUCAUCUUAUGUCUUAUCUCUUAAAAGGAAAAGCUGAUUUAAAACAUUUAUGUAUGAUGACACAAAACAAAAAAGUUCUCUUCACAUGAGAAAACACUAACUAAAAUUAAUUAGAAUUUGAUUUUUCAUGUUAUGUAAAGUAAAAAAAGUUUUCCUUGAUUACCUUGACAAAAUAAAGUUUAAAAAUGAAAUUAAAAAUACAUGCUCAGGCUAUCUUGUCUAUUAUAUAUAUGUACUGUAUAAUUUAUUUAUAAGUGUUUAUUAGCCUAAUAGACUAUAGGUCAGGGAAGUUUUAUAAGUAAUAGUGAUGCUGGAAAAGUAUGGACUAACAGGUAAUUCAGUAAUGUGUAAGCCAUAAAUAAACGAUACUACACUGUACUCAUUUUGUACCAAAGCGUUUUGACAUUUUUAGGAAACAAGGUGCAUCUCCUUCUGUUAGUAUAAAGAAGAACAUUUUUUUAUUUUUCUAUGUGUGUCAUGGAUACAAAAGCUCAUCCUGACUUUGAUAAUGGUCCUGGAAACAAAGAAUUUUGCAAGGGAUAGUGUUCAUGGACUGCAGUCCCUCAAAUGAUCAAUUGUUUUAAAUGAUCAACCUAAUUCUUGAAUAGAUAUUACAAGAAUCAGAAAUUUAGUGAAAGGCAGAGUUAUGGCUUUUAAUAAUGACAGGCGUAAAUCACUGAUGAAAAUACUACUGUAAUAUAAUAGGUGUUUAUGAUCACCAAAUAUGUCAGAAUAUAAAAUCUAUUGUAUGUGUCUUGUCUGAGUGAAUGGCAACAAGUUAAAAAUGAUAAAUAUGAUUUAACUUGGUGAAAAAAAAAUAGGAACCCACAAGUCAUAAAGUAUGUUAUGAUCACAAUCCACAUUAAAACUGUAAGCUACAAAGCAAGUUCCCAUCAAAAACCAGUCAAAUCCUACAAAUAAACCUUUUCUAAUGGGAACUACUCAGAAAACUUUAAUAAUCAGACCAUCUGUACAUUUCUAAUGGGAACUAAACCAGACUUUCUGUAUAUUUCUAAUGGGAACUACUCAGAAUUCUAACUUUAAAAACCAGACCAUCUGUACAAUUCACUGGAACAUAAAAUGCCUUGAGGCACAGGCCCACCUAGGAGAAAUAUGGUUCCAUAAUGAGAGAGCCCUAGCUAUAUAUCUACAACAUAUACAAAUCCACCAUACGGGAAACCAUUAAUCCCUGAGGAUAGAACAUUAAGAAAUCCUAUCACUAUAUACCAGAAAGCAAUACAUGCAACAUAUGAGAAGUUCUGGUAGCACCCCUGUUCUCUAAAUACCACCUUUAUCUUUUAUAACAAGUAUAAUUAACCAUUUCACAGUUACAACCUAUGUAAACUAAAAUUAUGGUUACUGAAACACGCUGAUACAGUUCCCCUAUUUGAGGACUUAAGACACCCAAAGUCAAGUAUGGAACAUUUGUUAUGGUCAUAAUACUACUGAAAAUAGAAAAAAUUACUUAUAAUAAAUAUAUAUUGAGCGAUGCAAAAUAAAAUUUUGUUCCAAAAUCCAAUAUACACUUUCUUCAUCUAGUAAAGUAUCACUUCGUGUUCUUCCAGCAUAAUGUAAAAUUUGAGGUGCAUACUUGGUGAUCUAUACUCAGAUAACCUUAUUCUUAUUGUUAUAUUUUGUUGACAGAAUAAUCUUAGAACUUUCAUAUCUUACCAUAUGAUAGAUAAAACUGACUCGUAGUUAAUGCAAUGGUGAUACCAGUGACAGUAUUUUAUUGCAAAUAAGUCCACAUUAACUGUCAUGCAAAUUAAUGAUGGCUAUAUUGAACAUUGACUAUACUGCUCAUGGUGUGAUUGCACAUUAUGUCCAAGAAGCCUCUCUGCCACUUACCUUUGCAUUGCCUCCAGACUGAUCCUAGGCAUUCAUUUUGCACUAUGCUACAGAUCUCACUUCACAGUUUAUUGUAGCAUAAAACAGGUCUUUCAACUUUUGUCUCUCCUCUGUAUGUCUCCUUGGAGUAUUUUCUUUGGAAUUCAAUGGUCAUUCAUCCAUUUCCAAUGGCAACUGUCUUCAUAUUUAUGUAGAGUAAAUAGUCCAUAUUUUCAGCUUCUCCAGAACCACAUGAUCAACUUGAACUACACUUGUCUAAAAACAAAUCUUAGGGUCAGGAAGUGGUGGGAUCAUUUAAACAUCUUCCACUCUAUAACUUUUGGGCCAGAAAUUCCAACACAUCACCCAACUCAAAAGUGCCAAACUUGGUUAAAAGCCUUAUUGAAAUGGGGACCUAGCUCCCUCCAGUGAGGAUAUUUAAGAAAUAGUGAAAAGAGGGUAGUCAUUUCAAAUGUCUCUAAAAUCAGUUGGUCAGAAAUGAUUGCCUUGCAUGAAAGCAUCUUUAUAUAAUGUAGAAUAAAGCUUAAAUCAUGAAGUAUAUGGCCAGAAUUUGGCCAUAAAAGGUGUACAAAGUUUAAUACAUACAUUAUAGGAUUAUAGAUAAUGAAAAAUUUUAAGAUUCGUUCCUUCAUUGAAACAACAGUGAUAUAAUAAUAUCUUGUACUGUAGAGUCAAAUUUAUUUUGAUGGACCUGGAUGAGGCUGCAGUGAAGUUUAAAAAUCUUUUCUUGCAAGAGAAAUCUUAGUGAUAUACCAUCGUCCUCAAGGGCAGAAGGGUAUUUGAGGUGACUAGUGUGGCCCAUGGCCCUUUUAUAUAUUUUAUUGGGAGAAAUCUGUCUGAAUCAAACUUUUUGAUAAGCCUAAAAUUUGAGUUGCCUUACCAAUUCGGGUAGAUACUUCAUCCAAAUGAAUGUUCAAGGACAGGGUGGAAUAAGGAUUUCCUCCUUGCUGCAUUAAAAAGAAAGAAAGAAAAAAAGUUUUUGUAGAACAAAAAGGGAGACCAAAGUUUUUGUAUACCCCUGAUAGUUAAGCAACAUCAUCAGUAAAAAGGAAAUACUUUACUGUCAAGGUAAUAAUUUUUGCUCUGGCCUAAUACCUUUAAAAAAUUUCCUUUUCAUUCUAAAUUGAAACCAGACUGUAAUCAUGAUCUCCAAGUAACAAAUAAACAGGUUAAACAAGGCUGCUCCAAGUUCACUUUCUCCAUAUAUGAUAUCCUGACCUUUUGUUCAGCGGUUUCUUAAAUAUCAAAGGACAUUCUCUUCUACGUAACUUUUUAAAAGCUUUCUUAAAGUAGAGCAAGAGUAACUUAAAUUUUUUAUGCAUUUGUUUUAAAAGCAAAAAUUCCAUAGAAUAAUGUGUACAGUAUGUAAAAAAAAAACCACACACACAAACAGGAUAAUGUAGAUUUCUUGGUAAGAUAGCCGAUAGCCUUGCAAAAGUUUUACCUACUUACUGUAAUUUUGUAAUUGUUAUGGUUAAGUAUUGAAAAAUAAGAUUAUGACCUUUCAGAAUGUUACGAAUCUUCUUCUGGAAGAUAAGAUUUGGUUUGAAAUUAGUGAAUAUUUUCACCUUUAACUCAAUCGUACAUUUUACAGUUUUAUACUGAUUUGUGACUCAAAUUUGUUCCCUGAAGAAUUGUGUAGUGCUAUAAUUAUACCCAUCUGUAAGCCAGGAAAAUACCCAUUAAUAUAUGCAGAAUAUAUUGAAUAUGGACCGUAAUAGUAGCAAAUUGAAACCGAUCAAGACUAGUUUGAAUAUGAAAUUCAUCAUAAUAGAAGUAACAACACACAAGUAAUUUUGACAAAUCUUAGAACUGGUCACUCUCAUUUUCUCCAUAGAUAUUUGAUGGAUAUGGUUUAUAAUCCAAUAGUUACAUGUAAGUAAUGUAUAACAAUACUAAGUUAAACAUUAUUUGUAGUAUAAAUGUCCAGAAUAUGACUGGCAAUGAAUGCCAAGCCUUGGAAGCAAUUCAAAGAAAUUUUGUCAGAAUCUUCAUUUUUAAUUAACCCAAUUAGUAUAAUUAUUAACAUUUAACUUUAUUAUUUGAAUAAAUUAAAUCAGGGAACCGGUUAAACUACAGUAAUCUCUUGAUUAUCCGGAUUAGUAGAGCAAAGGGCCUGCCAGAUAAGGGCAAGUAAUAAAACUCUAAGGGUGUUUGGCAACUCUGUACCUUUACUCCCCCUCCCAUCAAUAUUGCAUAAGUGCAAACAAAGUAUGCUUAUAAACAAUAACCAUCACACUUUAAAAUAAAAACUUUAUGCAAAAGGCAAUUAGCUAGGUUAUUUAACUGUAUAUGUAACAAAAUAUACUGUAUAAAUACUUUAAGAAAAAAGUAAGGUGAACUCCUUUUAUCACUCAUGUGUAACUUGCUGGAUACUAUAUCGUUUUGUUUUUCAUUUUGCCCAAACCCAUUCUAUGACAAUCUUAAAAAAAAAAAUUUUAUCCAGUCUUUAAAAUUACAUUGUACAAAAAAAGAAACUUUUUUUCGUCCAAACACAUGUACAGGAAAAAAGCCCCCCCCCCAAAAAAAAACCACACUUACAAAAUACAAUAUGUUCAUCCAUGAUACGUGACAAACUAUCCUGCCUUGAUUUUCCCAAUGAUUUCUAGUUUCUUCUGAAGGGUCAAUACCUUCCUUGCUCGAUAGGGUGAGGUGGAGCCCUACAAAAGAUGCAAAGCUCCAUACACAACACUAGCAGGACCUGCUAUGGUGCAAUUAGUUAUUAGUAAAAACGGUUCAGACAACCGACUGACUUGCAAAACUGUACAAGAUGGAAAAUACUCAUUUUUACCAAGUGCACUGAUACCUUUCUGAUAUAGCCAGUUUGAGAAAGAUAUAUUUAUGACAUAAAUACGUACCUAUGAGCCAUUGAACAGCAAAAAUUCAAUGACAUACUUCUGCCAGUAGCAAGAAAGCUUACAAAAAACACAUGCUUGUCCACCCUCACUUCUUUUACCAUAUGCUAUUAAACUGAUGACAUCUGAAUUGGCCAAUAAAAAGCAAUAAACAAGUUAUGUUUUAUAAAUUGCAAUAUUGCAUAUAGGUGUUCCUAGGCAUCACUCGUUCUCUACUUCAUUACAAGUGAAUUUGACUACAUAUAAGAUUAUCACACACAUUUCCUUACAGUCGUACACUAUUGAUAUUUAAUUUCCAAUACAAUGUUCACGUUCACUAUAAAAUAAUAUUGUUCAUACGCGAACAAACCUUCGGUCCUAACAAUAGGAUAAUUUCUAGCGCCUAGGUGGAUCCGGUUAAAAAGCAGAUGAAAGCAAGGAAUCUUGUGAUAUCUGGCAACCAAUGCGUAGCUCGGGUGAAGAGUGGUCAAGGACCACGCCGCUACGCCAGUCAUUUCUUUGACCGCCUGGGCAAGAUUCGUGUUAACCUCUCUUGGCCUUUUCCCGGUUCAUUGCCCAUUUCGCUUGUGUUUAGUGUGUGUAUGUGUUUGGCUGAUAUUAUGGCUUCUUCUGCUCCUUUUCGGCCUCACUAACAUAUGUGCCCUGGAAUUCCAGGUUUUCCGUGUUCUCGUAUUUUGGCUUCAGCAGCGACUGACCCCCACAUCAUGUGCAGUAGGUGUCGUUCUAAUUUUUGUACUAUAACAAAUCCUUGCACAGAAUGCCAGGCAUGGCCUAAAGAGCAGUGGAAGUUGUUUUAUAGCAAGAGAGAACAUCGGAGGGUUUCGACUCUUCUUUCUUGGGAGGGUUUUCGCCUCUUUCCGAUGCUUCAUCUCCUGCAGUAUUCAACCCCCAUAGUAGAGUUGUUCCUAUGUCUCCUUCCUUUUCUUCCAUUGAUUCGUCGCUGGAAGUAUCGGGAGGCCACCAAGCUGAUGUUUGUAAUGUCGCCCCUUCUUCUUCGGGAGUUAAUUUGAUUCCCGAGAAGGGGGAGGCUUUUUCAUCAUUCUCUUUUCUUCCAGAGUCGGAGGUGCCCAAAAUGGCGGCAAUUAGGAAGACACUCGGGCUAGGGGGUCCCCUGUCCUUGGAGGGGUUGCUAGCGCAUUUUAUGGAGGCUCACGCCCCUCCCUCCCCAGACUGGCCAGGCCAUCCCCCCUCCUCCUGGCCUCAUCUUUGUGGGUAGCCAAGAUCGGCCAUCUUGUAUUGCUCCGCCAGUGACUGCUGCCGCUUCUUUGAGUCGGAGAGACGCCGUGGCGUCAGCCUUGUUGAUGACGUCACGGGGAUCUGUCUUUGUGUAUUCCUCCGCCAGUGGCGUCUGAUUCCCCUCGCUCCGAGGCUUGAUGUCACUCCCAUCGAUGACGCCUCUCUCGACUGUGACGUCAUCCCUGCUGCCCAGUUCGCUACAUCUCCCUUCCAUGUCAUCGGAGUCUUCUCUGGCAUACCAGUCUGAGGUUAUAUGCCAGGCAGUAUCAAGCAUUGGAAGGCUAAGGACUUUGCCCUUUCUUCGCCUACGAGGGAGGAACAACGCGGACAUGUUCUCAAGAGUGUUGGUGUUUCGGGCAGUGUUAGUGUUCCUUCCCUUGUGCAAUCUGCAGGGGAUGCUUCGUCCUCUGCUUCGAAUCACGGGCGUGUUAGAACCCCCUCGUCCGUGCACAAUCGCGAGCGUGUUGCAACCUACCCCAUCCAUGCACAUAACGAGCAUGUUGCAACCUCCCCUGCCCAUGCACAUGAUGUAAGCGCUCCUUCUCCAAGGCCUAUUUGUUGCCGUACAGAUCUCAGGGCGCCUGUCAAGAGGUUGAAGGUAGUAAGCGUGGAGUUGGUGCAGCAGGAGUGUUUGCCUGCCUCUCUCACUGGUGGUUCAAAGAGUUCAACUCUGGGGGGAUUCUCUUUCGAUCUCGAGUGUUCGGGAUUCCCCCUCAUCUCACGUUCAUACGUCUGCCACGCCCGUGACCAUUCACGGACAUGUAAAUAAGUCAUCUGUUGGGGUAAGUGAUGUUCCUAGUGUUAUAGUGGGUUCAUCUCGGAAGCCGAUGCUUGGACCCAGCCCAGACAGGUUAGUUGGGCUUUCGGGCUGUUUGGCUGCUAACCCUUCCGUUAAUAUUAGUGAUGAAGGUGCCUUAGAGGAGCAUACACAUCCUUCUCGUCGGAGCAGGAGGAGGGAGGCACGCAAGAGUUUUUGUCUUCCUUUUCGGAAGUUGUUGAUCUCAUUCGUGGGUUUAACAAUUUGGAAAGUAAGACUCAGGCUCAGUUGUCUUACACUCCUUCUUGCUUGGAAGCCUUAGUGGGAGCUACUCAGGAUCCCAAUUCAUCUCUUCAGCUUCCUUGUCGGGGCACGUUCAGUCGGUCUUGUAGAAGGUUAAUGCCUCUGUUUCGGACCAGGAUGGUUCGCUUCGCUCUAGGGGCUCUACCAAGCUACUACACCCGCCUCUCACGAGACAUAGGAAGUACUAUGCUACAAGCUCUGCUUUUUUGAUGUCGCGCCAUCUUAAACCUGACGUCAUUCGCCUGAAGCCGGGAUUGACUUUGGAGCAGGUGAGGUAGGUGGCUCCGUCCUUGUCUCUGCAAGAUGCCUCAGCAUUAGAAUCUACGGCAGCCUCCAUGUUGCAGACGGUUUCUUGGCUGGACUUCUGGUCUGUGGUUAUUGCCAAGAUAGGUUCUGACAGGUCCCCUGAAGGGUUGGUGAGUGCAUCCUCACUUGCCAGUUUGUUGUAGUCCAGGGGCAAGGCAUUUUCAUAUUUGGCUCACCUCAGUGCUAAUUUAUGGGCUAACCUUCUUCUGAUUAGAAGAGACACGGCUUUGUCUAGGAUGGAGAGAUCACUUGACAUGGAGUCCUUGCUGGCAUUGAGGAACGGAGAUCUGUUGGAGUCCCAAUAUUUGUUUCCUCGGACAGAACUCGUGAAUGCGAUAGACCGGCACCGGGCUGACACCAAAGACAGACUGGUGCACCAGGCCGUGUCUGAGCCGGAGUCUCGUCCUCGGAGACAUCCUCCUCCUCCUCCUCCUCCCCCUGUCCAGCAGCAGUCAAGGAGAUUGUUGCCUGGUAGGCCGUCGAGGACUUAGAGUUCAGCAGGGCCUUCCUGUUCGACUCAGCCUAGGUCAGAGGAUCAACGCCCCUUUCGCUCUUGUUCCUUUAAGCCAAGAAGGGGCCUAAGGGCCAGAGGUAAAGGGGGCCAUCGGUAUGUUAGGCGCCUCUCCCUCUCCUGCUCCACGGGUUGGGGGGUUGCCUGGCGGGCCAUUGGGCCAAGUGGCAGAGUUAUGGGGCGGAUAAGUGGGUUUUAGAUGUCCUUCGGGUGGGAUACCUACUGCCAUUCGACUUCUCUCCUCCUCUGUUGGACAAGCCGCAGCUCAGGAAGACAUAUCCUUCAGAUUCUCUGAAGUUCUUGGCUCUUCGGGAGGAAGUGCAGAAAAUGCUGGACAAGGAUGCAAUAGAGGAAGUGGUGCAGCCAUCCCUGGGGUUUUACAGUUACAUCUUCUUGGUGCCCAAGGCGUCGGGAAGAUGGAGGCCUGUGAUCGACUUAUCCACCUUGAAUCACUUCAUCAGGAAGACAUGGUUCAAGAUGGAGACCCCGCGCUCGGUGUUGGCAGCCGUGAGGGAAAGCGACUUCAUGCUGUCGAUAGACUUAAGGGACGCAUACUUCCAAAUCCCUGUUCAUCCGACGUCCAGGAAGUUCCUUCACUUCUCUCUUCGAGUUCAAAGUCUUGUGCUUUGGGCUGAAGACAGCCCCUCAAGUGUUCACAAGGGUCUUCUCUCUCAUGUCAAUUGGGCCCAUGCUCAGGGGGAUCCAUUUGCUGAGGUACCUUGACAAUUGGUCAGUCUUGGCAGUUUCCAGGGAAAAGCUGCUGCAGGACAGGGAUCGUCUACUUUGGUUCUAUCUGGAACUGGGCGUAUUAAUCAACCAGGAAAAGUUGAACCUCGUACCCAGUCAAAGGAUUCUCUACCUGGGCACAGUCAUCGAUACAACAGUGGCAGGUUCUUCUGGGAGUGCUGUCUUCCCUGGAGAAGCUGGUCCCUCCUGGGCGUCUUCAUCUUCGGUCUCUGCAAUGGAGACUGCGAGAAUUCUGGUCUCUGGCGGGGGACUCACCCUUGUUAAUGGUUCCUCAGUCCCUGGAAGUGAGAGAAGACCUUCGUUGGUGGUUGGACGACCAAAAUCUGUUGAGGGGUGUCCCUCUGCGUUCUCUUUCACCAGACUUCCUUCUAUUCUCGGACACCUCCUUCGCAGGUUGGGGGGCUCAUUUAGGCGGCCUCAUCGCUUCAGGCAUUUGGAGUUGAGGGCAGCAACAUUGGAGUUGAAGGCAGCCUUCCUGGGUCUGAAGGAGUUUCAGGAGAAGGUAGAAGGUCAUUCUGUCAUUCUCAUGUCGGACAACACCAUGGUGGUAGCCUAUGUGAACAAACAGGGAGGCCUGGCUUUGCGUCAACUUUACAGUGGUAGCCUAUGUGAACAAACAGUGAGGCUUGGCUUCGCGUCAACUUCGCGCCUUGACUGUCGAGCUUCACCAGUGGGCGGUACGCAAUUCGGUAGAGCUCUCAGCCAGGUAUAUCCCAGGCAAAAGGAAUGUGGUCGCAGACAAACUCAGUUGCCAGGAUCAGAUCCUAGGCACAGAGUGGUCCCUUCAUCAAGUGGUGGCAGACAAGCUUUUCCAGAUUUGGGGGAGACCCAUGCUGAACUUUUUUGCGACUUGCUUCAACAGGAAGCUGGAGAUAUUCUGUUCAGUGGUUCCAGAUCCUUUAGCAUUGGCAGAGGACACAUUCCAACAUCCCUGGGACAACCUGGAGGUGUAUGCCUUCCCUCCGUUUUGUUUAAUCUGUCAGGUUCUGAACAGGCUAAUGAGUUCACAGGAUGACUUUGGUAGCCCCUCUUUGGCCUCAGCCAGAAUGGUUCCGAGGGAGAUUCCCCCUUGGCAACAUCUCCUGUGUCAGCCCCAUGCAGAAAGGUUCCACCAGUCAGUAGAAUCCCUGUUUCUUCACGGUUGGAGGUUAUCAAGUAUCUUCUCCGAGCGAGAGGGUUUUCUCAGAGAACAACUGGGCAUAUGUUCAGCAGUCUUAGAAAGUCGACCUCCGUGGUUUACCAAGGCAAAUGGGCGAUCAACUGUGAUUGAUGUUGUAAACAGGGUUUUUCUCCACUUGCAACCUUUAUUCAGCGAAUAGCAGACUUUUUAACCUUCCUCAGAGACGAGAAACGUUUGUCCGUUUCUGCCAUUAGAGGAUACAGGGCGGCCCUGAGUUUGGUGUCACGCCUUAAAGGUAUUGACAUCUCCUCUUCCUGGGAACUUUCCCUGCUAGUUAAGGGGUUUGAGCAAUUUAGAGAGCUCAAGCCUCCGACAUGAGAUGUUUCCUUGGUUCUCAAGAGCUUCACUGAGAGUCCAUAUGAGCCCUUGCAUCGCUCAUCUGACAGGAACCUGAUGCUCAAGACAGUUUUCCCUCUGGCCUUGGCAUCUUCCAAGAGGGUAGGAGAGCUCCACGGUUUGAGCUAUGAGAUGAAGCACACCAGGGGUUGGGGGUUGAUGUCCUUCGAAUUUGUCCCAGAAUUCGUGGCCAAGACCCGAAACCCUCUGUGCACGAUGACAGGUUCACAUCGUUUACCAUUCCAUCACUGAGUGACUUUGUGGGUGGUGAUGCUCAAGAGCUUUUGUUGUGCCCUGUCCGGGCCCUGCGUUGCUAUCUUAAAAGGACCCGGCACCUUAGACCAGGCUGCCGCAGACUUUUUGUUAGCACAGGCCGUACAAAGAAAGAGGUGUUUAAGAAUAUUAUCUCUUUUUGGAUACGGGAAGCCAUCAGACAGGCAUACUUGACUCUUGAUGAUUCCACCACCACAUCUUGUGCAGGCUAGAGCGCAUGACGUUAGGGGUAUUGGUCCCUCUCUGGCUUUCAAAAAGAACUUGGCUGUACAUAGAGUGCUGAGCGCUGGUACUUGGUUACACCAGUCCACCUUCACCUCCUUCUAUCUUAAGGAUGUUGUCCACAGAUCUGCGGACACGUUUUCUCUGGGUCCUGUGGUGGUUGCCCAACAGGUUGUGUAACUCAUAGUUGGCCUUAACAGGGCACCUUUGUAUCUUAUUUAAGAUGAUUGUGUGGAUGAGAGAAUGAGUGAGUUGGCUGGUCCCCUUCUUUCUCUUGUACCUUUCCUUCUUCCUUCGGGUGGUUUAAGGAAUAGACACGUCACUCGCUGGACUGGUCUGAUACAGGUGAGUAAGGUAGUCAUACUGAUAGUGUGGUCGUGUAAUAUACAAAUAUCAUACCCGCUAUUUAGUAGCAUAUGCUCCACUCCUUGGCAAGGAGGGGUUGGGAGUAAUACAAACCUUAGUGUAUUGGUUUGCUAUUGGACAGUCAAAGUUUCUCUUUGGUGCCCUAGACAAUAGUUCUCCCAUAUAUCAUUGUACGUCACUCAGGCUCUGAGUGGUUAGAUAUCAAUAUAUAUCUAGCUUCUCAAUGGGCUUCAGUCCCUCUCCAGAAAUCAUUUCUUCUGGAAGCUGGACUGGUGGGUAGGCCCCCAGCUGGUCUAGGAUGUCUUGUACCUCCCUCUAAGUACGAGUCUAUCCUAUUGUUAAGACUGAAGGUUUGUUCGCGUAUGAACAAAUGACAAAUUUUCUAAGACGAUUUGUAUUUUUCAUAGCUACAAACCUGAGGUCUUAACAUUAUACUGCCCGCCUCUAGCCGCCCCUCUGUUUGUUAAGACAUUCUGAGUUGGGAAAGACUGGUGUAGCGGCAUGGUCCUUGACCACUCUUCACCCGAGCUACGCAUGAGUUGCCAGAUAUCACAAGAUUCCUUGCUUUCAUCUGCUUUUUAACCGGAUCCACCUAGGCGCUAGAAAUUAUCCUAUUGUUAAGACCUUAGGUUUGUAGUUAUGAAAAAUACAAAUUGUCUUAGAAAAUUUGUCAUAUUGAAAACAUUUAUAAUGAAAUUUCAUCAUGAAUUUUGUCAUAGAUGUUGACAACACAUUGAGCUACUUAUGUUUUCUUCCCUUCCCUCAAUCAAAGGGACGAGGUGUGUGUUAUACAUGUACAGACUAGGGGAUAUUGACCGUUUGUCACUUUUGGAUUGCAAAUGUUAUUAUGCUUCAUCUUUUUUGCAUGGAAAAUUGACAAAACACAAAAAUAAAGUACAGUAACAAUAAAAAGAAUAGUGCAAAAUAAAAAUGAAAAAAGGGCAGGCAUGUAUUAUAGGCUUGACAGUAUGCGAUAUCAUUUGUUCUCUUUUGCUUUUGUAUUGUGCUUAAUGUACUUCAUGACAAGUUACAUUACAGUACGUACUCUAAUAUCUUUUAAUAAAAUGUGGGAAAAGUAUAAACGGUAAGAAACUUAAAACAAAACAUGAAGCUCUAAAGUCAAAUGCCUGCCUACCCCUCUCCACUCAUUCCACAAUUCAUUCCAAACUCCUCCCAGCAGGGAAAACUUUCCUUGCCACACCCUUUCAAAACAACCCUUUCUACUACCCCAAUCCCAUAGUGAUCAGCCUUCCAACUCCCCCCACCCCUUCCCAUCAUGAAACUUUUCUAGGUGCCUCCCACACCACCCAAACUAUUUCUCAGUCAGUUUAUGAGUGUAAGCAGUUUUCCCAACAUUUCCUUAGACCAUGCAGCUUUGCCAAUCAUCAGAGAACAAUUUCUUGUGAAAUUUGUAUAUAGUGUCACUUACUACGGUCAUUUACUCUGCAAAAUUAAUUAUCUACAAUAUCAAUAACUACAAACCUGAAUUUCAUAUCUAUUUUGGUGGACAAUUUGUAGUAUGUGAAGAAUUCAGAUUGUAAAAGGACAGAUGUCCUUGUACUAGCAAUAAACACCCAUGUGAGAAUUUUCUUGUCUUAGCAAUAAACAUGCUUGAUUUGCUUCUUUUUGUUAUUUUCACAAUUUAAAAGAUGAAAAGAUUACGUACUGGCAAGACAUAGAUAUUCUGUAAAUGAACUUAACAUUUACAGUGGAUGAACAUCCAAGGAGAAUUUUCUAAGGAUCUGUUCCAUUCAAUAAAUAUUCCGUCUAGAAAGUAAAUUUGUAUUGUAUUAUUACUCAUGUUGAGUGUGAUUAUAUAUUAACUCCAAAAUCAUAAGCAUGUCAAUAUCAAUCGGUUAUUUAUAACAGACAGUAAAAUAAUAUUUCAUGUUACAAAUUAUUUUUUAACCAGAAACUAGUGGGCAAAUCCUUGUCUUUGCUUUUCAUAUGUGAUACAUGAGCUGUAUUCUAUAAUUUUACUUCAAACAAUGUACCUGCAGUUUUUAAUUCAUUCCUUAUUAAAUCCUAUAAAAGGAAGAAGUAAAAUUGCUUUCUUAGCUCUUGUAAUAAAAAUCCUUAAUAAGGUCAUUACAAAAAGUAUUUCUGAAUUAUUUAUAGAUCUACUAGUUUAUUAAGUAGUACUUCAGCUCAGCCAAUGCCUCAUUACUUUGUUAUUUCAAGAGCACAAUACAUACCACAAAAUGUUCCACCACUUUCCUCUAUGUUUUUUCUCAAUAGUAUGACAGUUUACAUUUCAAUAUAUGUAUGCCAUAAAAAUUAUAUACUGUACUAAUGAUGUAUGGAAUGUCUGACUUGCCAUAGAACCAUAUUGUGGUAUUUAUUAAGGAAAUAUGACUAUAUUGUGGUACUCAUUAGGAAGAAUUAUUUGUGUACCCUGCAUGUUUUAUAUGAAAUAGUCAAAUAUGUUUUAUAUGAAAUUGUUAAGAAUCAGUAAAUGCACUAAGCAAUAUUCUUAUCAAGGAAUAAUUUAUGAAGAUAUUAUAGUAUGUUAUCUUUUCAAGGUUUUAUUUACUCUAUCUUGUUUUGAAGUUUUAAACAAGUCUGGUAAUGUUAAACUGCAAUUUAGUGCAGUGUUUUGUGUUGUUUGCAAGUAUAUGAUGCAAAAAUUAUACUAGUUUAUUCUUUUUACUGUAUAAUUAUAUACAAAAUGAAAUAUAUUUUUGUUUUGAAA